GGUAAAUGCUAAGUAACUAGUUGUUCGGGUGUGUUACAUUAUUACUUAUUAUUCGCACAGCAUGCCUAAAGGCGAUAAUGAUUUUCAGUCCACCUACAACUACCAAUUUGGGCCCUUGUUAUACUACAGCUCCAACAUCCAGAAUGUCUCGUUCUUAAACAUGCAAGUGAUGUUGGCCGUUGGAUCUGCCAUUUAUGGAUCGAUGCUAGGUGUCCAGCAGACCACAGCCUGGAUACAGACAAGGGAUGCUCAGGCGGGUGGAAGAGGUCGAGUCCUCACGAUUAAAGGGAAAAGGGUUCUUCGAAAAUUCCAAGUCCAAAGACUGCAGGUGUCUUUAUCUAUAUGAAAGAGGAGAGAAGACAAUCAACAACACACACAAGGUUUACUCUGUUGCGAUAGCAUGUAUUGUCCUUGGGAUUAUCUCUAGCGGAUGUGUUAUUCUACGACUUAUGCAGAGACUUUCUACACGAUCGUUUGGUCCUGAUGACUACGCUAUUAUUCCUGGGCUGAUGCUCUAUAUCGGAUGGACCGCGAUGGCGGCCUAUGUCAAUCUACACGCUGGUGUCGGAAAGCCGCUCUGGGAGAUCACCGUAGGGGAGUUUUCGGUCUGGUUCAAGGUAACGAGACAAGGAAUUGGUGUGAUCGAAGCAACGCUGUCUAAUCAAAUGCUUCAGGGUAUUAUCGGAUCAGCCUGGAUUUAUCCAGCGAUGAGCAUGUCGAUACGGACUUCUAUCCUAUUAACCUAUGACAGAAUAUUCGCGAAGUCGAUGCCGACGGUGCGCUUUAUCAUUCGGUUCUUACUCAGUCUGCAAGUCAUCUACCUGAUUGUUUACUCUAUUCUUCCGGCCUUCAUUUGUCGCCCUCUUAACAAAGCUUGGCAUCCGCUGGAACGGCAACAAUAUUUCAACGAUUGGUACUAUUACUACCUUCAAGUGGCGUUGUAUAGCACCAGUAUGGCUUUUGACGUGAUUCUCCUUGUUCUGCCACUGUACCCGAUUAGCCAGCUGCAGAUGGCUCUGCGGAAACGAAUCGGGAUCGGAUCAAUUCUAGUUCUUGGGGCAUGCGCAGGAAUAGCUGCAGCGUAUAAAUUGGGCAUCUUCGUCCAGCAGAUGACGCGCUACACAGACAUCAACCCUAGAUGGAGUCAAUACGAGAUGAGCCAGCUCAUCCCACCCCAGUUCGACAAGUAUGGCAACACGUUUUGGAUUCCCUCACAGGUGGAACCAUCCGUCGCGUUGAUCGGGACAUCUCUACCUGCAAUGAGGCAGUUUGUAGUAAGAAUGAGAGAGAAAGAGGAGGAAAGUAAAGGGCGAUUGAGGAUUGGAGACUCGGAUCCUUAUGAUUUACGUCGAGUUCACUCCAAGGUUCCACUACGGACUGAAAACUUGGACAUCAGUUCUAAUACCGUAGCAUGAAAGGACAGAUGUGUAUUUGGACUGAGGCAGAUAGAUUACGAUGACAUGAUAUCUUAUACGGCGCUUUUAGUUGAACUUGAUAUGCAUGAUAGCUAGUAUAGAUUAUGGUGGCGUUUAAUAUGGACCUAUCAGAAAAUAGCCCCGAAUAAAUAGAAAACCGUUGGUUUUGGGUUGGAAUUCUAUUUAU